UCCAUUUUCUCUCUGCAAAUAACUAAGAAAAAAGAAUGACGUUCUUCUCUAGGGCGAUGAAUGCUGUGAAAGCGUACUUCAAAAGGGGUUGGAGAGUAGGAGACCUGAAGCAUGAAGGGAAAAUUCAGCCACACGCGCACAAAUGCUUGAAGAAGAUAUAUUUUACCCUUUUCUGUGCGCUGUUGAGCUCUACUAUUGGAUCCUUCUUCCAUUUGAUCUGGGACGUGGGUGGGUUGGUCACUGUUCUUACUACUGCUGGGACUAUUCUCGUCUUUUUCACUACAUCGCCAUUACUAGUGACGAGGAGGUUCUGGUUGUUGGUGACUGCUGCCUUUCUCUUCGGUGCUUCUGUUGGACUUCUUACCGAAUAUCUCUUUGGAAUUGAGCAAGGCUUUGUUUUCAGCUAUCUGGUAGGUACAACAAUAGGCAUUGGUACUUUUUGGUUGGGAGCCAAGUUAACAACGCAGGGGAGCCUGUUUAUCUGGUGCCAGUUUGUCUCUUUUAUCCUGAUUUACAUCUGGCUUCUCAUUGCUUCUGACAUCUUUGGCGGUCACAUUGCUCAUUGGAUUGGACAGGUAUCGUUGGUGCUUGUGUGUUACAUGGGGUACUUUGUGGUAUACAGCAAAGAGGUGGUGUAUGAUGCUCUUUAUGAAUAUCGCAUGGAUUCUGUAUACCGUGCAUUCACCCACUGGUUCCAUUUACCAGCUAUAUUAGUCCAUUAUAUCACGGUACGCUUGGCUGCAGUAAUUGAGGGCUAGAAACAGAAAAAAGCUUUGCUACAAAUCCUAUACUUUCGAUUAAAUAGCUAUUAAAAUGCAGUUUAACAGUUGGAACUGUGAAUUUCUUGGCAAAUAAUGAUUGUUGAUUACCCAAUACUUCAGUCCAUAUGGGCCACAUUAAUUUGCAUAGCCCAAGUGGA